AUGGUUCAACAUCAACCACACAUAUACAGAGCGAGGCAGUCAAAACUAAAACAAGAAUUACAAAGCGCAAUACCACUCAAACCUAAUUUUCACUAAAUGCGUGUUCUACUUGAAUCUAUUUGAGAUGAAAACGGUGAGCAAAAGUCACAGAGUUGGGAUUUCAAAUGAACUAAGAGAACGUGUUAAGCUCUAUGAACAUCAGCCAACCUCGAUUUUUGCAUGAACAGAACAGUCAUAACAGGCCUUUAAUUUUUUUCACAAAAUUCAUUUUAUUUUUUCUUUCAGUCUGGUUCUCCAUGUACUUUUGGAAAGAAAGAUCGUUUUCGUUUCGCGAUCAGAUGGAAAGAUCUUUUAUCAUGAUUUAAGUUUCUAUUAAAUGUUUUAAAUUUCACUUUGUUUCACUGAACUGUGGCUUCCAAUUACUGAGAAAAGUAAAGGAAAAUCCUCAUUACUGCAGAGCCAGAUAUAGCUAAUUAAUAGGCGAGUGUUGCUCAUAAUUCAUGGCAUUUCCCCGGGAAACAAAGCUCCAUUAUUAUCGAGGAUAUAAACUGAAGAAAUACCAAGAUAGAAGAACUGAAGCCUGAAGAAAAUAAAAGAGAACAGAGACCUCAAGGAAACCAAUCGCUUUGCCAGCACUUUCUCCCGCGAGCCGCACACUAUGAGUCUGAAAAAUGAAACACGAGUAAGUGACGCUAAUGUCUGACUCAGAUGUUGAGCGAUAGCUAGGAUUGCAUCAGGUUACAAAAAGGGUCGGGACUUUGGCGCAGCAUCUCGCUAAAAAAUCAUAGGAAAGAAAGUUUCCCUCACCUAAUGUAUGCUGAAAAAACGUUCUCAGCAAAUGAGUAGGCCACGUCUUCGUAGGAUAAUUGCAGAAAGGGGGCAUCAUGGGCGCACCUGCAUGAGGAGCUUGAUGCGGUCCAGCGGUGCGGUCACUGUCUUCGCAACCGCGCCAGCCGCCGCCCCAGCGGCGAAGAGAGCAGCGUCCUUUGGUACAAGGGCUAACAGAGCCAGGGGGUGCUUCAGGAACAGCUCGGUGGAUGGCCAUGACUUCUUGUCUUCGCCAUUCACAAUGCCUGCGUCCGCGUCUCUCCGACUGCUGGCGGCCGGCACGGCAGAAACUCGGUCUUGCUUGCUGGUAGCGGCGCUUUUUCCUCCAAGGACGACAAGGGAGGCGAAAGGCCCUCGAGAUGCCGGCAAGCCUUGGGAAGAAUCCGGGACAGCAAUGCCCCCUCCUCCGCCCAAUUCCUGUUCCAUAAGUCCUCCUCCCUCGCCGGCCCUGGUGGACUCGAGCAGGGACGGUACGUGGUGCCACACCAACGCGCCCUCCCGCAUUCUGCCUCCGCGUUUCGCGGUGAGAAAAACGACGCAGGAGAGGAGAAGGGAGGGGACAGGAGAGUAGGGGAGGAGGAAGAGGAGAGGAGGAUGGAGCGAGGGGAAUACCGAACGGCCGCGCGCGCCAAGACCGGAGUCUGCGGUGA